GUCGUUGCCAGAAAGGUCAAAGCAGCAAAGUCGGAUGCCGAUGAGAUUUGACAGCUGAUGCCACGGGAGAAGAUCGUGUUUAGUUCGGAGCCAGAGGCGAAACACGUGGAUAAAGACAAACUUCCAGUUGUUUGAAGGAGGGAGAUGCUCGCGCUCGGGAGGAGACACGCGCAGCGGGCUCCGGAUGCGCGGAUUGGUCGGACGCUCCACGUUGCACAAACCUAAACAGCAGCGUAAGGCAGAGACGGAUGCGGGAUGCAGCAGCAUCCUCGCCUCUGAGCAAAGCUGCGCUGCGAAUAUCAAUUCAGCAACGGGCGCCCGGUAUAAUUACGCCGUCGAGGGACGCCGUGCGGCUCUGCGCCGGAUCGUCGCCUCGCCCGCAGCCGCGCCAGACAGCACGGCGCUGUUUUCCACCUUCCAAUGAGGAGCAUCCGCUGGCAGAAAAAAAGCUGGGGGCUGAUCGCUAAUACUGUCUGAUGUGCAGCACAAGCGCCGCGCGCACCUGCGGUACGAAGCAACGCCAUGGGCUCCAGGCUGAGCAGGCAGAGCAGCCUCGACAACGAGAAUUUCUCCAAGAAGCGGCGCAAGCUGCUCGACGGCGCCGCUGAGGGCGAGCGGGGCGGCAGGGGCGGCGGGGACUUUCUGUUUGCGCUGAUGCUGAAAUCGGACAAGCUGCCCGGGAUGCUGCGCAGGACCAACCACAGCCCGUACAUGAGGCGCGUGGCGUGGAUCAAGGAGAUCCAGAAGCUGCUCCGCGAGCGCAGGAUCGAGCAGGCGACCGACGUGCUCAAAUUACUGAGGAAGGAUCUGGGGCUGGAAGGCACCUCGCUCAACGACAUCUUGUACAAAAACGCCGCUUUCCUCAACCUCGUGGACCCGAUCUCGCACGAGCUGCUGCUCAGCCUGGCUCGGGAGAUGCAGUGUCCUAAGAAGGACGCAGACACCAUAAAGUCUUCGGACAAGAUUUGCAGACAGCUGAUCUAUCACCUGACCCCGCACUCUAAGUGGCUGAGGCAGAGCAUGUCCAGACGGAAAUCCCAGGCCUGCCUCAAGACCACCCUGCAGAAAAAGCUCUCCAGCGACACGGUGGACCUGUCGGGCAUCCCUCUGUCCAGCCGCGACGUGCGCCAGGUCGCCUUCUACCUCCAGAGCAACCGGGACAGCGUGGUGGCCGUGGACGUCAGCUUCACCGAGCUCCAGGACGAGAACCUGCGCUUCCUCCUUCCCCUGCUGGCCACGCUGCCCAAACUCAGCACGCUGGCCCUGAACGGCAACCGCCUCACCCUGGCUAUCCUCAAGGACCUCACGGAGACGCUCAAAGACCCCAAGAAGUUCUCCAGCCUGGCCUGGAUCGACCUGGGCAACAACGUGGACAUCUUCACCAUGCCUCAGCCGCUGCUGGUGGCGCUGCGGCGCCGCUGCAGCCUGAAGAGCAGCCUGCCCACCAUCUACGAGUACACGGAGGGCCGGCCCUACAGCUACCACCUGGAGACGUCCAUAGAGGAGCCCAGCCACUGCGAGGAGGACGAGGAGGACGAGGAGGCGGACGACGGCGACGAGGACGACGUGGGGAGCAAGUUGGAGCUGGAGCCGUGGGGCUUGGGGGAAAAGCAGCUCUCCAAAGACUUCACCCUCCACUACUGCGAGAGGUGAUGUGGCCCUUUCUUCCCGAGGCUCCUUCAACUGUGGUUGAAACGUCAUCCCACGGCACUCCGUUAGUUCCUUCGUCCUCUCGCCCUCACACCACGAGCCCUGUCACCUCUCCGAGGCACGAAGGGGACCGGUACCCACAAAGCGAGCCUCUCGUCCUGACACGGCUCCCAAGCUACUCCUAACCAUCUCUGAGUUAACCCACACAAGAUAGUGGCAGUCACACUGGAGGACUUACUGUGUUGGUGGAUGGUGCUCUUGGGAACAAGGUGCGGUUUCAUUGGAGGGGGGGCUGGAAGAGUUAACGAACCAGUGCUCUCUCUCUCUCGCUCUCUGUCUCCCCCUUCCUCUCUAGCUGUCUUUCUUUGUGCGGCGGCGGCCGAAGGGCCGGUCUCGAGGAGGGUUCGAUCAGUCGGCCGGAUGGAGGAGCGGCAUCCCAGCGGUGGCAGAAAGCGGAACUCAAGUUAGCUUGGAAACACUAGAUCCCACCGGGCCCUCGACCAGGACUGAGACUAUCUCUGGCAGGCAGGGCCUAGCUCCACAUUGUGUGUUCUCUGUUAAUCUCCCAACAAAAGCUAUGACACAAGUUCAACAGACUAUACAGCCGAACCACCCGUCACGUGUCGCCAGCAAAACUGCUAGGUCAAGACUUUUUUUGCGCCCCCCCCCCCACCUUGUCUACUUGUGAAUGCCCACGCGGCCUGUGUGUAAAUGUCAACGAGGACAGAAAACAGGGUUCUGUUGUGUUUCCACAGGCUAUUUCUGUGCACCACUGGUGAACAAAGCAAUCUUAGAAGAGAACAGGUAGAACCCAACAAUAGACAGCUGCCAUUUUGAUUUUGUCCUUGCUGAUAUUCACCUUUCUAUUUAUUGCACUACUGUAGCCAUCCCCCAGUCUCAUUUAUGACACUACAGGUCAAUAUUAAUCCAGAUUACUCGCUGCUCCUUGUACUGCCGUUCCAAAUAUAUGUUGCCUUCCCCAUUUACUGAAAAUCUGUGGCCCUGUGUUUGUCAUAAGACACAACCAUGACUGUUAUUUAUUGUUUAGAGUCUGUCUAGAGUAGCAUAUGAUGACGUUAGACUGACCGAAACACUGCAGUGCACUUUAAGGCACCAUUUCUUUUCAUAUUUGCGUUUGUCCAAAGCAUAUACUCUGUGUAAGGUGUUUGUAACUAAACAUAUUUACAAAGUUGAAGCUGAAAGCGGGCGUAUCUCUUCUAGGUGAAACGGUGACCAAACUGCUCAUGAUUGUUAGAAAGAUCAUAAAAAAGCAUCAUAUAUAUAUAUGAAAUAAAUGUUUAAAUGUCUAUUAUCUGUGUCUAUAGAGUAAAGCGUCUAAUUGGUGUAAUUAUUUGUGUUAUUGUUUUGGUGUUUAAUCUCCUGUCGGACUCUGUAGGUGUAAUAAUGACUUUAAAACUGAGCGGUGACCUCCUGCUCCAAGCUGCUACCAUUAAAUCUGAAGGGUUCACACAACAAGCAGAAAAUAGUUCAUUAAAUGUGCCGUGCACGCAGAGCAGAUGCCCUUAAUGUCCUGUGUUGAAUCCAUAUGGAGAUUAUCGUCCACUAGGUUUGUAGUUUAUGUUUUGUGCGUCGAACGUCGAACUCUUUGUUGUUGUGGCCUGCGUCUUUUCGUCUCAUGCCGAACACUGACUGCCAAUAAAAGCAUCGAUCCAAACUAAGA